AAAGGCGACUCCAGAGUGCAUUAGAUCCUGUUUGUGUGAGGUGAGUCAAACAGACAGGAUAAAUCGGCGCUGAAGAAUCUAUUGAUCUAUUUUUCUGAGAACAGAAACAAUCACAGGAUGUUCAGGGUCUUGCUGCUCCUGUUGGCUGUGGCUGGUCUUCAUGCAAGACCGCUGCAUCGAUUCCCAAAUGGUAGACUGAAACAAAUUGGGCCACAAACGGUCCAAGACGAACACAGGGACAACUCAGUUCUGAAGGACACUGAUGUGAAACCCAAGAAGCAAAUACCAGUUCCUGUUGAGCUCAGCAGGCAGGGAACAGAACCUUCCAGACGCUUCCUGAUGGAUCUCAACACUGGGAUGCUCAAGAAGGAAGUUGGUGAAAUGAACAGAAGAGUUUCCGGCUUCUACAAUCCUCCAGCUUAUGAGAUGAGGAAGGGAACUCAGAAUUCUCAAGCCACUUUGGUGGAUCCCAGAACUGGACAGAUGCUGCUGUCACUAAACGAGCUGCAGAGGAACACAGCGCCAUUGGAUGAGUUCAGACAAGGCACUGAACACCAGCUGCACAUCCUGCAGGAGCUCAGAAUGCAUCACAUGAAAAAACCACAGUACAGCCCUCAGAGCGAAAGACAUGAGCAGAGAGCGAUCCCUGCUGAAGUGUACAAGCAAGGCACUGAACCUUCCAAAAACGUCCUAAUGGACCUGAACACCGGUCUACUCAAAGAACACAGGAACAAGAUGGACAGGAGAAUAGUGGGCUCAGCUAAAUGGGAAGUGGUUUCUGGCCCUGAGCAUGAGGACAUAAAAAGCCAAGACUCUUCUGAACAUAAGGAGAACCACAUAGCGGUUCCUCUUGAGUCCCGCAGGCAGGGAACAGAACCUUCCAGACGAUUCCUGAUGGACAUGAACACCGGCAUGCUCAUACAUGAAGUUGGCGAAAUGAACAGAAGAGUUUCUGGCUUCUACAAUCCUGAAGCUUAUGAGAUGAGGAAGGGAACUCAGAAUUCUCACGCCACUUUAGUGGAUCCCAGAACUGGACAGAUGCUGCAGUCACUAACAGAGCAGCAGAGGAACACAGCGCCAUUGGAUGAGUUCAGACAAGGCACUGAAAACCAGCCGUACAUCCUACAGGAGCUCAGAAUGACUGAGAUGCAAAAACCAGGCAAUGAACCUUCCAGAAACCUCCUGAUGGACCUGAACACCGGGCUACUCAAAGAACACCAAAAUAAGAUGGACAGAAGACCGGGCUCAGCUAAAUGGGAGCAUGAGGACAUAAAAAGCCAAGACUCUUCUGAACAUAAGGAGAACCACAUAGCAGUUCCUGUUGAGUCCCGCAGGCAGGGAACAGAACCUUCCAGACGAUUCCUGAUGGACAUGAACACUGGGAUGCUCAAGGAGGAAGUCAGUGAAAUGAACAGGAGAGUUUCCGGCUUCUACAAUCCUCCAGCUUAUGAGAAGAGGCAGGGAACAGAACCCUCCAGACGCUUCCUGAUGGACAUGAACUCCGGCAUGCUCUUACAUGAAGUUGGCGAAAUGAACAGAAGAGUUUCCGGCUUCUACAAUCCUGAAGCUUAUGAGAUGAGGAAGGGAACUCAGAAUUCUCACGCCACUUUGGUGGAUCCCAGAACUGGACAGAUGCUGCUGUCAGUAAAUGAGCUGCAGAGGAACACAGCACCAUUGGAUGAGUUCAGGCAAGGCACUGAGUACCAGCCGUACAUCCUAGAGGAGCUCAGAAUGCAUUACAUGAUGAAAACAUGGUAGAGUCACAGACAGAGAGCUCAUGUUUAGAAUUGAUGAGAGCGUUUGACUGUGAUGAUACCAUAUGACUGCAUGAAGACCAAGAAGCAAGAUUUACAAAAGCUGUCGUCCAUCAUAUGUAACUGUCUAUCUAGUACACGUAACUGCUAAUUUCAGAGGUUUAAUGCAAUAAAAGUGUCUUGCAAUGUUUGAACUGACCUCCUACAUGUA